AAAUUAGUUUUCCCUGAUACUUUCUUGUAAAAUACAAGAUGUCAGCGCGCAUGGAAAACCUGUGUUGAUUUGUAUGCAUCGAAAUUUACCAGAUAUUUGCAACGCAUUUCGGAAAUGGCUUCCACAAAUGGACGCGCCUUUAACGAAGAGGAGAGACAAAACAAAAUUAAUAGAUCUACAAGACAGGCAUCAAGCGACAAGAACCCAUGCAUGACGGAGCAACAAAUGUCAUACAAGUGUUUGGAUGACAAUGGAUACGACAGGGAGAAGUGCUCUAUGUGUUUCCAGAAUUACCGGAACUGCCGAGAGUUUUGGAGCCGCAUCAUGACGGACAGAAAGAGGAAGGGCAUUCUGCCAGUACUGCCAGCAGUUGAAGAUCGGGAGAAGGUCCGAGCAGAAUACAGCCACAUCCUUGGGUGGUGACAUCAGUCCAGGCUGGGCCCACUCCCGUCAGUGUGUGUUGAGACGUGUGCAUGAUAUUAGUAAACAGGACAGAAUGUAUCAGAAAUGUCAAACAGUACCAUUUUGGUGGAAUCAUUACUGUAUUUUGCACCAAAUUCCACCAAUACAAUAAAGUGGAAUUUGUUACAAAUGUUGGCAAUAAUCAUUGCCAGAGAUUUUAACUAGUUAUUGAUGUCAUCUGUCAUGGCAGCAAGAAUGUUACACAAUGGACAACAUGUUAAAAUGGCAGCAUGUUUUCUGAUAAUUGCAUCAAAAUUCUUUUCCGUUAUAUUAUUGGGUAUGUUUUAACAUAAUCACCGGUAGAUUGGGUUGGUUGGUUACAUUUGCCAACCCCUUUCUACAGAAUCUUUUUUCUGGUCCUCAAAAUUUAGUUUAUCUAGGGUUAUAUACGGUAAGCACAUUAUACUUGAGUCAGAAGAUGAGUUUUACCCCUGUGGUGCGUGGUAUAAGUAAAUUAUCACAGGUAUUGUCACAUAGGCUUAGCAUGUCAAGUUUACUCUUUCCAGUCAAUGCAAUGUGAAAGGUAUUCUGUUCAAAUUGAUAAUCAGACCCCAAGUGUGACUGAUGAUCUCAAACUGGGGUUGCGGGGCACGUUUGGCCCAGUCGUCUAAGGCGCCGCGAUUCGCUGUGCAGAGUUGCAUCCUUUGGGCAUGCCAGAAACCUAUGAUUGUGAGUUCGAAUCCCGGUUCGCCCC